AUGUUGCUGCGACUCCGCGGCCCCGACGGCAUGGCCCGUCUGAAUGUCGAGCCCACAACUACCUUUGGAGAUCUGGGAAAGCUGCUGCUCGAUCAACUACCCAAGACCGUUGAUCCCAAAUCCAUAGCUCUAUCGAACGCACCCAACGGAGGAGACUCCAAGCGCCUAGGGGACAUCAUCAACUUCAAAGUUGGUCAGAUUGGCCUCAAGCACGGCGAUCUCAUCUUUCUCACCUACCAACAUGCCGACGCUGCCAACGGCGACGCACCCGAAAUCUCUAACACAUCUGCCAGGCUUAACGGAAAACCCGUCCUACCGACCGAAGACCUUCCCAUCAACCCCAAACCCGAAAGGAUCGCCAGGCCGUGGGAAGUAAUUCGCCAAUCCGCCUUGGACGACCGGUUAGACCGACUGGAUGGCAAGAUCCCUCGAGGCAUCGAUCGCAUGUGUCGCCAUGGUCCCAAGGGCAUGUGUGACUACUGCCAACCCCUCGAUCCUUUCAACCCUGGAUACCUUGCGGAGAAGAAGAUCAAGUACCUGUCCUUCCACUCAUACCUACGAAAGAUCAAUGCUGCGACCAACAAACCCGAGCUAGGCGCUUCAUACAUUCCUCCCCUGGUUGAGCCCUACUAUCGAGUCAGGCAUGAGUGCCCUUCUGGUCAUCCCCCUUGGCCUGAGGGCAUCUGUACCAAGUGCCAGCCCAGCGCCAUUACUCUCCAGCCUCAACAGUUCCGAAUGGUCGACCAUGUCGAGUUCUCUUCGCCUGCCAUUAUCGACACCUUUAUUGACACCUGGCGAAAGACCGGGUCACAACGUCUAGGUUAUCUCUACGGGAAAUACACCGAGUACACUGAAGUCCCACUUGGUGUCAAGGCUGUCGUGGAAGCCAUCUAUGAACCUCCUCAGGUUGAUGAGCUCGAUGGUAUCACAAUGAACGCCUGGGAGUCGCAAAAGGAGGUCGACAGGGUCGCCAAGCAGUGCGGCCUAGAGCCCGUGGGAGUGAUUUGGACUGACCUGCUGGAUGCUGGCAACGGCGAUGGCACAGUGGUUUGCAAACGUCACGCCGACUCCUACUUCUUGUCCUCCCUCGAGAUUUGCUUCUCUUCGAGGUUGCAAGCUCAGUACCCCAAACCCUCCAAGUGGAGUGACACAGGCAGCUUUGGUUCGAAUUUUGUCACAUGUAUCAUCACCGGUAAUGAGCAGGGCGAGAUUUCCAUCUCCUCCUACCAGAUGUCCAACGAGUCUGUGGAAAUGGUUCGUGCUGACAUUGUUGAGCCGUCAGCUGACCCUAACGUCAUGCUUGUACGCGAUGAGGAGGAAGACGACGGGUCUGUCAGUCGCACAAGAUACAUCCCCGAAGUUUUCUACCGCAGGGUCAACGAAUACGGCGCCAACGUCCAGGAGAAUGCCAAACCAUCGUUCCCCGUCGAGUAUCUGUUUGUCACACUGACCCACGGUUUCCCCGCGGACCCUAAGCCCAUGUUCACUCAGCAAGGCUUCCCUAUCGAGAACAGAGAAUACGUCGGAGAGAGCCAAGAGCAUUCCGCUCUGUCCAAGUUUGUCAAGUCAUCACCUGGCCAGAAGCCCACGGGCCAGGAGGUCUCCAACUUUCACCUUCUCUGCUUCAUUCACCAGAUGGGCGUCCUCUCCAAGGACGAAGAAGCCCUGCUCUGCCGUGUAGCGAGCCAGCACGAUCUUGCCGAUACAUUCCAGCUCCGUUCUACCGAGGGUUGGCAGACCCUCCAGGCCAUCCUUCAAUCGACUGGUGAGAGAAUCCCCAAGCGUCAGCGGGAGGAGGACGGUGCCCCCUCGCCCUCUUCCUCCUCGUCCUCUUCUUUUCAAAAUUCCAUUCGCGACUCGGGAGAACCCCUUGCUAAGCGAUUUGCUGCCUUCAGGCUAAACGAGCGCUGGACCAAGUCCGCCAAUCCACCGCCGCCCUAG